CUCAGAUCGUCAGCCAACUAUCCCCCCCGGGGAGGCCAGCAUCCAGCUGUAGUAGAUAAACACACGGAUUUCCGCCCGGAGGUGCCGGGAAGAGGACUGUACGUGCCGCCUGCAUAGGAGGACACUAUAACAGGGGACGGCCGUGGACUACAUGUCCCAGAGUGCAGAGCGGCUGGCAGAGCGCUGGCCGGGGAGACGUGUGUUUGCUAUUUGCAUGGAUGGGUGGCGGAGGAGCUUCCCGUACGCGGUGUGAAUGAGAGAGCGGAGAAGGGGCGAAGUAUCCGUCAGCCUCGUGUCGGGGAUGUGCUCCUGGCCCCGGGAGUUGGGCAGCCGAUAGACGCCGCCAAAGAGGGCGAUGCCUCGGGACGACAUGAACUCCCCUCUCAUCCAGAAGAUUGCCCGCCAGGCCCUGCUGACUUUCCGCGGCCUGGGCUCGGCCGACGCCGGUAAAGGCUUCUCGGAAAACCUGACGCAGCUGAGGAAGCUGGUGAGCGAGAUCCGAGCCGAGGACCUAAAGAUCCGGCCACGGAAGAACGCGGCCGCUCCCCCCAUCUCCGUGCCGCACAACCCGCCCGUCACCUACAUGCACAUCUGCGAGACGGAAGCCUUCAGCAUGGGGGUGUUUCUGCUGAAAGGCGGCACCAGCAUCCCGCUGCACGACCACCCGGGGAUGCACGGCAUGCUCAAGGUGCUGUACGGCAAGGUGCGCAUCAUGGGCUUCGACAAAAUGGAGGCGGCGCCGACUGACUGCCUCCCUUUUUUGGACGACGGCCGGGACUGUCACUACUACAAGCUGCUGCUGCCGGCCUCCCCCGAGCACACCGACACCGGGGAGGCCGACCAGCAGGCUGGAGCGGACGGCGUGCACCCCCGGGAGAUGUGGCUGCUGGAGAUCCCGCAACCCGAUGACUUCUGGUGCGGGGGCGAGCCCUACCCGGGUCCUAAAGUGUCCAUGUGACCCCUCUACUACCUCCCUAUGGGGCCCCACCUCUUCCACUUGUCA